AUGGCUCGGUCGGUUAGCAAGAUGUGGGAAAAGUACUGCCUGCGUCCAACUCAGGGCACCGUAUCCACCACCAUCCCAGUCUUCAUCUACGGCACAGCCUGGAAAAAGGAUAGCAGCGCAGAUCUGGUCUACACUGCGAUCAAGGCUGGAUUCCGGGCUGUGGACACUGCAGCCCAACCCCGUCAUUACCAAGAAAAUCUCGUCGGCGAUGGCAUUCGCAGAGCUAUCGCCGAUGGGAUCGUCGACCGGAAAGACCUAUAUGUGCAAACCAAAUAUAGCCCUGUCUCGGCACAGGACGUGGGAAACAUGCCCUACGACCCGUCAGCGACAGUGACGGAGCAAGUCCAUGCAUCUGUCAAGUCAUCCCUACAUAAUCUUCGCUCAGCAGAUGACCCGAGCUCAGCGGAUGAGGCCUACAUCGACACGGUGGUCAUUCAUUCGCCGCUUCCCACUCUAGCCCAGACGCUCGAGGCCUGGCAGGCUCUUGAGACUUAUGUACCCCACCGCAUUCGAAACUUGGGUAUUUCAAACUGCACGAUGCCCAUGCUGCGAGAACUGUGCAACUCAUCCAUGACAACGGUGAAGCCAUCAGUUGUACAGAACAGAUUUCACGAAGAUACUCUGUUUGAUGUUCCUAUGCGUGCUUUCUGUCGCGAUAACCAGGUCAUUUACCAAGGCUUCUGGACUUUGACGGCAAAUCCGGACCUGGUGCGUUCUCUGCCUGUGCAGCAACUUGCUCGUCAUGUCGACAUCACCCCGGCCGCUGCGUUCUAUGCACUGAUUAUCGGUCUGGGAAAUUUGACGGUGUUGAAUGGAACUAAGAAUGAGUUGCGCAUGAAGGAGGAUCUGGCUGCCCCAAAACAGGUGGAGGAAUUUACUCAGAAGCAGCCUGAUGAAUGGAAACAGAUCCUUGCAGACUUCCAGGGUUUGACUGGGGACUCAGAAUAG